GGCGGCGCGAGGCCGGGUCGGGGCGGCGCGGAGCAUGACGGGCCCGUCGGCGCUGGCGUGGCGGUUGUUGCGCGCGCUGCUGGGCCUGUCCCGCGCGCUGCGGGGGUGGCUCCGCGCGCCCGCGCCCGCCCUCAGGACGCCCGCCCUCAGGACGCCCGCUCUCAGGCGGCUGGGCCGCCGCCGGGCCCCGGCCCUGCUCUCCCUCUCCUCGGCGGCGGCGGCGGCGGCGGCGUCGCCCCCGGCCCGGCUGCCCGCCCACGUGGGCCUGCUGGUGGCCGACGAGGAGCCCAGCUGCCCCGACCUGGCCGGCCUCGUCGUCUGGUGCCUCGCCGUGGGCAUCUCCUACGUCAGCGUCUACGACCACCACGGCAUAUUCAAAAGAAAUAAUUCCAGACUGAUGGAUGAAAUUUUAAAACAGCAGCAAGAAUUCCUGGAUCUGGAUUGUUCCAAGUAUUCGCAGGAGUUUGCAAAUAGGAAUGAAAAAGAAGAGCAAGUUUUAAAUUGCCAAUCAGCCGUGAAGGUGCUGUCUCCGGAGGACGGAAAAGCAGAUAUUGUGAGAGCAGCGCGGGACUUCUGUCAGUUAGUAGCUCAACAGCAAAAGAGGUCCACAGACAUGGAUGUGAAUGUCUUAGAUAACCUACUUAGUUCCGAUGGUUUCCCCGACCCUGAUUUAGUAUUAAAGUUCGGUCCUGUGGACAGCACAUUAGGAUACCUUCCCUGGCACAUCAGAUUGACAGAGAUUGUCUCUCUGCCUUCACACCUCGACGUCAGCUACGAAGACUUCCUCUCAGCCCUCCACUGCUACGCCGCGUGCGAGCAGCGCCUGGGAAAAUGAGCCCACCCCCGGCCCCACCACCCCACUGAACAACUUGAAUCCAGACUCUUGGAAGAGAGGCCGCAACGCCGCUGUUGUUUACAGGCACUUGCGAUGAAGCAGUCGUCCUCUCUCUUUAUCUCUGUCUCUCUCUCCCCCCCUUUCCGCCCUCCUCACCCCUCAUCUUUCCCGAUCCUCUCCUUAAUUUAUCCACAAACUCAGAAAGUGUCUUCGAGGCGAGCGCAGGUCUGGGGAGCCUCUGCGCACCCUGGAGGCAUAGGACGAUAAAUUGAUUGGCGAUUCGGAAGUUGGGGGUGUGCACGGACCUGCAGUUUUGAGCAGAGACACUGUUUAAGCGUAUGAAAUGUAGGCUUCUCUUGGCCUCAGCUCCUUCCCUGUUUUUGUGGGGAGGGCAGAAGGUGAUUGGGGUUAUUUGGGUGUUUUUUUUGUUGUUGUUGGGGGAAGGUGGGGGAGGGCUUUGCUUUCCUAGUGACCAAAACUUUUUCAGUUGCAAGAAUCAUGAAAUGACUCUCGAGCUGGGAGUCUUCUCAGUUUGGAAAAUCUCCCAGAAAACGGUUUCUUUCGGGUGUCGCUUCCACUCCAAGCAAGCUCAUCUCCAGAGCCGAGAGGAAACUUGAGUCUCAGUUGUCCGUCCGUUUCUGUCCUUCGCAUCGUGAUCAAACAGCGUCACUUUGGUGGUGUUAGCCCUGGGGUGAGAGUCAAUAAAGUAUAUUGCUACUUUUUUUUAAUUUUUUUAUUUUUAAAUGUUAAAUUCAGAAGUCAACAAGUGAUCAGUUCUGGACUGAGAAGGUGGAAGUUUCCAGUUCAUGAAAGGACGGUUGUCUUUCUGUUCCUUUAUUGCUUUUUUGAGCAGGGUGCUGAUUCUAACCUGUGCAGUUAAUUCCAAAAAUCUCUUUCCCUCUUAAAAUCGGCUGUCUCUGUCAUUUAGAAAUAACAAGCAAGCGUCUGUGUCCUCUUCUUUUCUUUGAAAGUCUACCCUCCACCUCCAGAAAUAUUCCUCUGCACCAAUGAUGAAGUGGUGGCAUGUUUUGUCUUCUGUAAAUGGAACUUGAUUUUUAUAUUGCACUGGUUGGGGGAGUUUUAAUUAGAAUUACUUUUCAAGGGGUUGAGACAUCAGUAGAUGGUAUACGACCCAAGACUUUAAUGAAAUUAAGACUUCAUUAUAUGCUUCAUUUUUAAAGAAAAGAUGAAGAAGCACCGACUCUAUUUUAUUGUGAAAAUUAGGGAUUAUCUAUUUUAUAGGCCUACAAUCAUUGUCGUUUGCCCUCCCUUUCUCCCCGCUACUAUUUAAGAAGGCCUCCGUCACUAUGUCGCGGCUCAGAUGAGCUGUGGAUAUUUCGAACAGAGGCUCUGACAGUAAACGUUCACUUCUCGUCUUUCAAUCGUAUCUUUGGAACUGGGCCAUUAUUGGAAAUCCCGGUUUCAGAAGUCUGUCUAAUAGGGCCUGCAGAGCGUUUGAGGCUUCUUGAGAAAUUGGCUUGAAAUUGCUCUUCAGGUUCUGAGGUUGGAGGCAGUGAAGUGGGAAUGUAGUCCCAACAUGCAGUAAUCAAACUCCUGAUUAUGAUUUUUGAAAUGCCCUUGAAAUAAAAACCUUUAAACCAAAAUGCGAUCAAGUACUCUAUUACUUUGCCCUUCACCCCUCCUGGGAGGCCGACCGGUUCUGUGUUCACGUGCCGCUGAAAGUCUUGUCUCGUUGGAAGAUACAUCACGAGCCUCUUCCUCUUCAGAUAAUACAGACCCGGUUGGCCCGCCAAGACCGAUUUCUAGAUGUGUAUCUCGAGUUUUGUAUCUUCGUUAAGGAUUGGAUUAUUCUUGUGCUCUAGGGCCGAGCUGGAAAUACCGUAAGCGGUCCUUAACAAGGGAACCUGGAGGGAAUGGUAGUAAGUGAUGCCGUUGGAAUGAACCAGUAAAUAAAACAGAUAGGAAAGCGCAUUCCACGUUGAGGAGGGUGAAGGCUCUAACACCUAAGUCGCUGAAGGGAUCGUGUUUGCGGCGCGUUUUGAGUCUCUUGUCUGCUCUCUCCCUUUCUCAAGUCCUAAUGCGUUUUCCCAUCCCAGGAAGCCCAUAAACUGUAAACUCAUGAAUCGAUCUAUUCCUUGGGAAGCGCUCUGACCGGGUGGUUUUUCACUGAGUUCACGUCUAAGGCAGCUCCGCAGGUGUCUAUCUCCUUGUUUCUAAUCCAAACCAACUGAACGAUUGAGUCCUUUUGCCUGACAUCCCAGAGAGGAAAGAAUGGCAUUUUGGGGGCCUUUAAAAAUGUUUAAUGCCUUAUUUUGGAAUAAUAAAGACAGUUGUCUAAAAGAUAAAAUCAGUCGGCAAUGCCAAGGACACCUCCCUAGAGUGCAGUGAAGGGAUUAAGGCAUCCUGGGGACUGGUGGUCAGGGAGAGAGCUGAAAAUCUGUAUUUGGUUCCCGUUUCCAUCUCGGUGUCCUCGUUCCCCUCCGUUUCAAUUUGACUUUCACACGCUGAGUUGCGGAAGUGGAUGUGGGGAAUCUGUGUGUGCUUCUACUCGUGCGUUCCUCCAUGCUGUAACUAAAGGGAAAAAGCCCAGCCGAAGGAGGCAGGCCGGCGAUUUCAUCCUGUCGAGCGGCGCCAAACUCACUGUGCGUAUCUAACACCUCGGCGUUUGAAUGUCCUGGUUCCGGUAAUAAUCCUCCCCCCCCUCGUCCUGUGAAAUGGUAUCCCUGUGUAGAGGUGAAAAUACGGACCGUCGUGAACAUCUGUUUGACUUUGGCAAUGUGUAAAUAAUGUGUAAAGCCAGUUUUUAUGAUUAAAGAAUCAACCUGAUGAAAUUUUAUUAUUAAAAGUUGAACCUGUAAGGACAAAGAAGCCAAUAAAAAAAAGAAUUUAAUGUUU